AUGCGCACGCGCUGUCCCCCUCCGGGCGUCGCUGCCGCCCGCGGUAGAGUUAGCUGGGCCCGUGGCGGGCGUGGCGUCGGCGGCGGCGUCAGGCGAGGCGAAGGAGAAAGAGGAGGAGGAGAAGGAGGACAGAGCUGCGGCUUGGACUCUCUGGGCGGCGGCGGCGGCGGUCGCGGUCUCCUGGAGUCCUGGGCCUCUCUGGGCCCCCUCCCCCAUGCCCGCGGCUGCCAGCUCUCCUCCUGCCACCGCACCGACCCCCUGCACCGCUUCCACACCAACAGGUGGAACUUAACUUCCUGUGGAACUAGCGUAGCCAGCUCAGAAUGCAGUGAGGAGCUCUUUUCAUCAGUUUCUGUUGGUGACCAGGAUGACUGCUAUUCCCUACUUGAUGACCAGGAGUUCACAUCUUUUGACUUAUUCCCUGAGGGGAGUGUCUGCAGUGAUGUCUCUUCUUCUAUUAGCACUUACUGGGACUGGUCAGACAGUGAGUUUGAGUGGCAGUUACCAGGCAGUGACAUUGCAAGUGGGAGCGAUGUGUUCUCUGAUGUCAUCCCCAGCGUCCCUAGCUCGCCAUGCCUGCUUCCCAAGAAGAAAAACAAACACCGCAACCUAGAUGAGCUCCCCUGGAGUGCCAUGACAAAUGAUGAGCAGGUUGAAUAUAUUGAGUACUUGAGUCGUAAAGUCAGUACUGAAAUGGGUCUUCGGGAACAACUUGAUAUCAUUAAAAUUAUUGAUCCCACUGCACAGAUCUCCCCUACAGACAGUGAGUUUAUUAUUGAACUGAACUGUCUCACAGAUGAAAAACUCAAACAGGUGAGAAACUACAUCAAGGAGCAUGGUCCUCGCCAGAGGGCUACCAGAGAGCCCUGGAAGAGAAGCAGCUACAACUGUGGCAGCACCAGCGGCGUGAGCGGCGCCAGCGCCAGCAGCAGCAGUGCCAGCAUGGUCAGCUCUGCCAGCAGUACUGGUUCCAGUGUAGGCAACUCUGCUUCCAACUCGAGUGCCAACAUGAGCCGGGCACACAGUGACAGCAACUUGUCUACCAGUGCAGCGGAACGUAUUCGAGAUUCUAAGAAACGUUCCAAGCAGCGGAAAUUACAGCAGAAGGCCUUCCGCAAGAGGCAGCUGAAGGAGCAGAGGCAGGCCCGCAAAGAGAGGCUGAGUGGGCUCUUCCUCAAUGAAGAAGUGUUGUCUUUGAAAGUGACCGAAGAAGAUCAUGAAGGCGAUGUUGAUGUUUUAAUGUGACCAGGGUGAAUUUGGCUGUGAGGUUUCUAAGCCUUAAUGUUAUCCUCACAGUUUAUGUGGAUUUUUUUAAACCAAAUUUUGGAAUAGAGCUGUGCUGAUGACUAAGGUAAA